AAACGCCGCAGAAGGGGCCGCCACUGCCUCCUGCCUCCUCCUCCUCCACCUCCUUCUCCACCUCCUCCUCGUCUCCUCCCCCUCCCCGGUCUGACGCUGCCUCCUUGGGAAGGGUGUUUGGAGGGCAGCGGCCGCCCCAAGCCGGAGCCCCGCAGCGCUUCUUAUGAUCAGCUCGGUGUGUGUCUCCUCCUACCGCGGGCGCAAGUCGGGGAACAAGCCUCCGUCCAAAACAUGUCUGAAGGAGGAGAUGGCCAAGGGCGAGGCGUCGGAGAAGAUCAUCAUCAACGUGGGCGGCACGCGACAUGAGACCUACCGCAGCACCCUGCGCACCCUGCCGGGCACCCGCCUUGCCUGGCUGGCGGAUCCCGACGGCGGGGGUCGGCCGGAGUCGGAUGGCGGUGGUGCGGGCAGCAGCGGCAGCAGCGGCGGCGGCGGCGGCGGGGGCUGUGAGUUCUUCUUUGAUAGGCACCCGGGUGUUUUUGCCUAUGUGCUCAACUACUACCGUACCGGCAAGCUGCACUGCCCCGCCGACGUCUGUGGGCCUCUCUUCGAGGAAGAGCUCACCUUCUGGGGUAUUGAUGAAACUGAUGUGGAACCCUGCUGCUGGAUGACCUAUAGGCAGCACCGCGAUGCUGAAGAGGCACUGGACAUCUUCGAGAGCCCGGACGGGGGCGGGGGUGGCGCAGGGCCCAACGAUGAGGCUGGCGAUGAUGAGCGGGAGUUGGCCUUGCAGCGUCUGGGCCCCCAUGAGGGAGGAGCCGGCCCUGGUGCUGGGUCAGGCGGCUGCCGUGGCUGGCAGCCCCGAAUGUGGGCGCUCUUCGAGGAUCCCUACUCAUCCCGGGCAGCCAGGGUGGUAGCCUUUGCCUCUCUCUUCUUCAUCCUGGUCUCCAUUACCACCUUCUGUCUGGAGACCCACGAGGCCUUCAACAUUGACCGCAAUGUGACAGAAAUCCACCGGGUAGGGAAUAUCACCAGCGUGCGCUUCCGGCGGGAGGUAGAAACAGAGCCCAUUCUUACCUACAUCGAGGGUGUAUGUGUGAUGUGGUUCACUCUAGAGUUUCUGGUUCGCAUUGUGUGCUGCCCAGACACACUGGACUUUGUCAAAAACCUACUCAACAUCAUCGACUUUGUGGCCAUUUUGCCCUUUUACCUGGAGGUGGGGUUGAGUGGCCUGUCAUCCAAGGCAGCUCGAGAUGUGCUGGGUUUCCUGCGUGUGGUGCGCUUUGUACGAAUUCUGAGGAUCUUCAAGCUCACGCGCCACUUUGUGGGCCUGCGUGUGCUGGGCCACACACUCCGGGCCAGCACCAAUGAGUUCCUGUUGCUUAUCAUCUUCCUGGCCUUGGGUGUGCUCAUCUUUGCCACCAUGAUCUAUUAUGCUGAGCGAAUUGGGGCCAGGCCAUCUGACCCACGAGGCAACGACCACACCGAUUUCAAGAACAUCCCCAUUGGCUUCUGGUGGGCAGUGGUCACCAUGACAACACUUGGCUAUGGGGACAUGUACCCAAAGACAUGGUCAGGAAUGCUGGUUGGGGCACUGUGUGCACUUGCUGGUGUGCUAACCAUUGCCAUGCCUGUGCCUGUCAUCGUCAACAAUUUUGGUAUGUACUACUCCUUGGCUAUGGCCAAGCAGAAGCUGCCCAAGAAGCGAAAGAAGCAUGUACCGCGGCCAGCCCAGAUCGAGUCACCCAUUUACUGCAAGUCUGAGGAAACUUCACCCCGGGACAGCACCUACAGUGACACCAGCCCCCCUGCCCAGGAAGAGGGUAUGGUUGAGAGGAAACGGGCAGACUCCAAGCAGAAUGGUGAUGCCAAUGCGGUGCUGUCCGAUGAGGAGGGAGCUGGCCUCACCCAGCCCCUGGCCUCGUCCCCCACCCCUGAGGAGCGUCGGGCCCUGCGGCGCUCAGGCACACGAGACAGAAACAAGAAGGCAGCUGCCUGCUUCCUGCUCAGUGCUGGGGACUAUGCCUGUGCUGAUGGCAGUGUCCGGAAAGGCUGUGAAAAGUCCCGGAGUCUAAACAACAUAGCAGGAGCGGCUGGAAGCAGUCUGGGGCUGUCUCCACUGGCAUCGCGGUACAGCUCGCCCUACCCUCCGAGAAAGCUCCUGCUCUCACACCCCUUCCACCCCCUCAGCAGCCCCCCACCUGGGCACUCAGGUCCUUAGCUACACCUUCCUCAGCUCUGCCACUGGGACCCAUAUCCAAGCAGGCUUGUUUACAUGCCAUCCCAGCCCUUAUCCCUCCUGAGGUCUGAGAAAACAACAGAAGGGAACGUCAGUCAGGAUGGAGAAUUCGAAUCCCUGAGUCUGCCCUACGCAGCACCUGGCUCCCCG